AUGCCAGCAGAAGAAGUAGUCCAGAUUGGCAAGAAUCAUGUAUUCUCGUCCGGGCGGAGCUCUACACGCUACUUCAAAGACGGGUAUUUCGAUUACAACUUUGAGAAAUUCCUGGGCCUGGCUACUUACUCGGGGGCUGAAAUAGCCGAGUGCUUCGAAACGGCCGCACGGAUCACGGACGGUGACCCGCAAAGCUGGAUCGAGGCAUGGACAAGCACCGCGCGCCGCGUCGAGGCUUACGCGGAGAACGCUAUCAAGGGCGGCCAUAAGGUCAGUGCCAGGGAAGCCUGGCUUCGAGCCACGACUUACUACCAGGCCGCUUUCUUCUUUGUCCCGGAUAAGGAUCCUAGAAAAGCGGAGCUUUAUUGGAAGCACACAGGCUGCUUCCAAUCGGCGGGAAAGCUAUUCGACCCGCCAUACGAGCCGCUCGCCAUUCCGUAUGAGGGAAAGACUCUCUUUGGAUACUUCUUGCGCUGCGACGACAAGCCGCGGCCCACGGUGCUCAUCCAGAUGGGCGCGGACGGCAGCUCGGAGCAAAUCUACUUCUCUGGAGGCGGCGCGGCUGCCCUUCGUCGCGGGUACAACGCGCUCAUCUUCGAAGGACCUGGUCAGACGGGUACGUUCAUGCGUGACCGCAGCCUCAACUAUCGCUAUGACUGGGAGGUGCCUGUCGCUGCGGUGGUGGACUAUGCCUUGACCAGACCAGAGGUCGAUCCAAAGCGGAUCGCUUUGAUCGCAUACAGCAUGGGAGGCUAUUUCGGACCUCGCGCUGUCGCCUUUGAGAAGCGCAUUGCAGCCUGCAUUGCCAGCGGCUUGGUCCCGUCCAUGCCCGCCCUGGCCGGAGACCGGAUUAAAGCGAUUAGAAAUACCAAGAAUGGCAAGUACAACCAUGCCGCCAGGUAUGCCCUGUUUGAGCACAUGCCGAAGUACGGCUUCAACAAUGGCCUCCAAGAUCUUGACAAGCUCGAGGCCAUUUGGGAGAAGUUUACUCUCUACGGCCUGGAAGAUAAAAUCACCUGUCCGCUCCUGGUCGUGCAGGCGGCCGCCGAAGGGGAACACCAAACGAAAAUCGCAAAGGAGUUCUUUGACAAACUAUCUAACCCCAAAAACAAGUUCCGCCUCACCACCGAGGACGACGCGGCCGAGAUGCACUGCCAAAAGGGGAAUGCGAUGCUGCUGCAUGCCAUCGAGUUUGACUGGCUGGACGAUGUGAUGGGCGGACCUGAAGACUGA